AUGGGUGGGCUCCUCUCGCGCCGCGGAGCGUCCGUACGCCUCGCUUCAUGGAACGUCGCCGCAGUCAACAACAACCCAUUCGAGUACUACACCACGCUCGCCGACCCUCGGUACGAGCAGCUCAUGGUGGCGGUGGGCGAGCUGAUCGACGCGCCAGGCGAGCGCGAUGUGCCCGUUCGCUCUGUCUUCACGCAGCCCAUGUUCGAGAAGCUCAAGGCCUCGAUGGCGGCGCAGGGGUGGGCGGGGAUCGAUGCCGUCGAGGAGGUUUGGGAGAGCGACCUCGCCAGCCGGCCGAUCGUGUCUGGCUUUCUCAAGGACAAGGAGAUCGGCGCCAAGCGGCUGGCGUCGAUGCCUGACCGCUUCACAAACACCAUCAACACGGAGGACGGGCGCACCGUCUGCCGCCCCACCGUCAUCAACAACUACGACGUGCCGAUGCCCGACGGAGACGCGUGGUUUGCGCAGUGGCACGCCUUCUUCUUCGAGGCGCCGCUGCUCGCCAAGUCGGGCGCCGCGGCGCCGCGCCUGCCGUGCGCCAUGCUCUCGCCGAUCAAGCGCUCCAAGUACGCCGACGUCGACCUCCUCUUCCUGCAGGAGGUGCUCGAGCCACGCGACUGCGACGCGGUGCGCGACCAGAACUCGCUCAUCCUCGUCGCGAAGCGCCUGCUCGCCGGCCCGGCGGGCGAGGCGCUGUUAGAGGUCGAGCUGGGCGCCGAGGCGCUGAGUGGCGCGCUUGCGACGGGGCGCAGGGGCCGCGGCGCACCGGUGGCAGAGGGCGACCUCUGCGUCUUCCGCGCCAGGCUUGAGCUCGGCGGCGAAGGCGGCGCCACCGAGCUGCUCCUCGCGUCGUUCCACGGCGACACGAACGGCCUCGCGUCGACGCCGGUGGCGGCGGGCCUUCCCCUCCUCGUGGGCAUCGACGCGAACACCUACCUGACACGCGACCCAAAGGGCGGCAAGAAGUUCGUCGGCGACCCGCGCGGCGACUUUGUGGCCGAGUGCGCGUCGGGUGAGGCGCCGCUCGCGCACUCGUGGCAGGGGCGAGCUCACCGGAAGGGCUGGCAGACGACCUACAACGCGCGCACCUACCUGCAGCCGCAACUCAACAAGGCGGUGCGCUACGCCGAGCGCGCCACCUCCAGCCUCGCCGACAACAACCCGAAGGACUUCCUCCUCUACUCGGAGGGCGCGUUUGAGGGCGCGGGCGCGUGCGCGCGCGACAACACGGGGCAGGGGAGCUACGUCGAAGGCCUUCCCCGCCGUCAUCGCGUCGCGAGAGCCCGACCGCCGCUCACCCCCAGGAGUGCCCCGACGCUUUCUCGAGUAGGCACGAGCAUUCCGACGCUCACCUUCCCCAGCGACCACUGCAUCGUGUCAACCACACUGCGGUUGCGGUGA